UGAUUUCAUUAUUUCUUAUUGAUUAACACAUUUAACACAAUACAAUCGGAUUCGAUUGGUAUUCGAUUCUGUAAUCAUGCGUAAUCCAUUGCAGAAUAUGAUUCAUUUCGCACACAUCGGAAUAGGUCAAAAAACAAAAAGUAAACACUUUUAAAAUUUUAGUCGCAUAUAUUACCAACAGAGAAAGACGAGAAUAAAUUAUUUGCUGAAAAGAGCCUAUUUCACAUAUAUCGGCAUAGCUGAAAAAUUGUAAAAAAAGUGAGGCUAGAUUUUAUUAUUUGAUAUUGAUAACGUACUUAAACUUUAUACAAUACAACUUGAGUUGUCGAAAACAAAAUUUUAUAAUCAUGCGUUAUCCAUUGCUGAAAAGAUAUACAUUGAAAAGGUUCUUAAACUCUACAUAUUACAACUUGAGUCGAUGGGAACAAAUAAUCAUGAUUAUGCGUAAUCCAUUGCUGAAAAGAAAAAAGAUGCAAUAGUGUCACACCACCACCCUUCACUGAGCACAAAUGAUCGAUUUAGCGCACCACUGCACAGAAUUAGAAGAAGGCAUGUGAGUAACUUCUCGAUGGUUCUUUCGGCAGGGUUGGAUUAGCUUGUUUCAUUGACGAAUAGGGGUAUUCGUUUCAUUGAGCAAUAUCAGUCACCAUGUCGUACAAUUGUGAUGCAACAUAUGGGAUUCCUUAUGGUCAAUAUGCUGCUGCGCAGACGUCAGCAACAUCUGGAUAUGAACAUUACGGCCAACAAGUUGCUUCAGGAUACUGGACAUCAGGAACCGCAACAACCGCUUCAAGUGUAGGCUCAUAUGCUGGAUAUGGCUCCACUGCUGCUGCUACAGCUCAAAGUUCCCAUAAUUUUGGUGAUUAUGGUUACAAUUAUGGAACUAAUACAACUUCUGGUUAUAGUGCUUUAACUGCCACUAAUGCAGCUUCGCAGGCCUUUCAGCAAUCUUGGUAUAGUAGUGCCAAUGCAUCAAGUGGUACGGCUGGACAACAACAACAGCAAGCUGUAAUAUUGUCACAAAUCGCAAGUCAGCAACAAUAUGGACAGUACAUUCAACAAUACCAACAGCAAUUUUCAGCUUACCAACAAUAUGUGGGAAAUACAGCAGGAUCAACCUUUCAACAACAACAACAGCAGCAACAAACUGGAGGAUUUUCGAACUGGCUCAUACCAAUAUAUCAAUAUUAAAGGAUUAAUACUAAUUCUGUAAUUAACCUAUCGUAUUGAUACCAAUAUAUCAAUAUUAAAUGAUUAAUACUAAUUCUGUAAUUAACCUAGCGUAUUGAUACCAAUAUAUCAAUAUUAAAUGAUUAAUACUAAUUCUGUAAUUAACCUAGCGUGAAUAAAAAUUAGAAGUGAAAUGGUGUUAUCGGAAAACUUCAAACUUGCUCUGAACAUGCAUAUAUAUAUAUAUAAGAUAUUGCAAAAAUAGAAGUGAUUAUCUUCAAGAAAGAAGAAAUUCAUCAUUAUCGAAUCCAACAUCAUUGUCUCUCGGCCCAGAACUCUUGUUGAGUUGUGAAAAUGUCAAAGCCGGUCUUACUACUUACUGAAUACAGCGCGAAACACCGCAAAGAGCGCAAAACAGCAAGAAACAGCGCAAAACAGAGGGAAACGUCGCAAAACAGUGGGGAAACAGCGUGAAAGAGAGCAAAACAGAGGUAAACAGUGUGAAGCAGAAAAAAAUUUUGCGAUGAGUUCAGGGCACUUUGUUUUGGGUUGGAGUACCACGGCAGCAAAUUAAAAACACAAACCAACGUAUG